AUGGCCGGUCGCCCCCUAGCAGUUGGAGCUGCUGGCGGGCUUACUGGUGUUGUGCUACAAGCCCUCUUGGAAGUGGCUCGCCGCGGAUCAGGACCAGGGUUAGAGGAGCUAGUGCCGAGAAAUCACAUAAGUGAGUGGGACUCUUUCGAACCCAGCUCCUCCCUGUCUGACAUUCACGUACCUUCUCUGAUCGCGGGCAUAUUGAUAGGGUUGUCCAUUGGCCCUCUAGCUGAGCUUGUUCUUGAGCUACGUGCUUUGUGGUCGUAUUGGCUCCGGCGGCAACUGAGAUCGCUCCUUGGGUUGCCGGCCAACCGUCAGCUGUACCGAGAGCUGAGCCUGAAGCUGCUGGUUGCGGAUCUUUCGGCUAGAGUGCGAACACUUGAAUUAGAGCUGGAACAGUUAAAGGAGUUCGAGGUUGUCUCCGAGGUUGCCAGUGGAUCCUGUGCUCCUGCUACUUCGACAAUUGAGCCUGUUUUUCCUGCACUUACCGAUCGCGAGAAGAUCUUGGUGGGAGUGGGCACUUGGGUUAAGGAGCGAGUUCAGGGGCUUGGCAGGGGACUUUCUGGACGGGAACAACUUCCUGAACAGUCCCGCAUCUAUUUGCUCUUCAAGGACUUUGAGGGCAAGAUCUACAACCCUGCCGGUCUUUUCGUCCGGUGGCGUGAUCUGGAGCCCCUUGUGAAGCGGCGCCAGGACUCAGUGGCCUUCUACGGCUACUCGAUGAGCGAGCCAGCAGAAGAAGGGGUCGACGGCGACCCUUGGCCUUCCUCGGCUAGGGAGGCUGUGUUAUACACCGGGAGUGGUGAUACAACGUAUGAUUAUCCUAUUGGUUGCCUUACUGUGGAGCAGGAGGGUGACCAAACAAUUUUGGUACAGAUUAUUUUCAUCAGUGAAGUUCAGAAUCGGCUGCUCGUUGCCUUUCCUUUGUCGGCUUGGCAUAGGCAACCGUCCAGGCGCAAGCUUGCCCCUGGAACUCUGAUCAAAGGCGUGGCCCUUGCGGUUACUGGUUCUUCGCCGGCUUUACGCCAAGAGGCCUCCGACGGAAGUUCCGUGAAGAUCUGGGUCGGCUAUUUGAAGCCGGAGCUGGAGGACAGAGUUACCUUUGAAACUCCGGCAGAGUCUGACGUGCUACUCCGCUUCGAGCAGGACGGUGGAGGAGAGGCAUGCCUCCCUUUCGCCGAUGCCCUUGUGGUGGUCGCGGACGAGAAGUUCUCCUUUUGCAGUGCGGUCUCACAGGAGUCUGCCAGCGAGGAACGAUUGCGGAAGCUCGAAGAUGGCAUGGCCCUCAUCCAGGCCAGCCUCAAGCAGUUGGUGGCGAAACCCACUCCAGCGGCUGUUCCGUCUGCUACUCUUCCCAAGGAGCCCAGCAUCCCGAAGGAGGCGGCGCCAUCCGGCCUCGAUCUUCGCGGAUUGGACCCCGGAGUGGUGCAAUCAGCUCGAUUGGCAGGCAUACCCGAGACCCAUCUAUCCCAGAUGGCCACACUGGUGCGGAAGAAAAGCCCCGCGCUUGGCGAUCAUCCGAGGAAGUCUCCUCUAGAGGAUGUUUUGGGAGAGGAGCUGGAGCUGGAGGAUGCCGAAGACCAAGACGAGCCUGGAUCUGCAAAGGAGCCAGGGGGAUCGAUGGAGAAAGCGCUGAUCAAGCUCACCGACAUCGUGGGUCUCCUUUCCAAGUCCAAGACGAAGAAGGCCACGCUCGAGGAGCUCUUAGACGAGACCGGGGGCAUAGGGGAUGUUUCAAGCAGCAGCUCAGGGUCUCGGAAACAUUCCGCGAUCCUCAAGGCGCUCCGGAAGGCCCUCGUGGAAAACCCGGAGCAGAUCUAUCAGAGUAUUCGCGCCAACAUGUUGGAAGACUUCCACAGCCGAGUGGGAGGGCCUGGCGAAGCCGAGGGAGCCGGGUCCUUCCGCGGAUGGCUCGAGCACCGAAGCCGGAUCCCGAACAUUCAGGGUUCAGUUCGGAUGGCCUGGGCCGCAGGCGGAGCGUUAGAUGCGCUCGAGGCCGGCAAAGUGGCGGAAGCCAAAGCGCGCCUCGCGCUUAUGAUCGCCCAGAUCGACCAAGUGGCCCACGAUCACGGCCAGUGGCUCAUCGCCCACGAGGCGAGUCUAGAGGCGACUGCCCCGCCGUUCAGCUCUUUCGGCCGGCAUCUGUUGCCUGCUCCGAACGAGAGCCAGUUUACCAAGCUGCUGGAUGCGAGGUGGAUAGAAGCUUUCGUGCAGAAGGUGAAAGAGGUGGAGGAGUACACAGAGCGCCGGAACCGGCUAGCUGGGCGUGAGGAUCACGAGCCGGCCUUGCAUGCCAAGGCACCAGGAGCGUCAGCUAGCACAGUGGAAGCCAGCUCUUGGUGGAAUUCAUUUCUUCGCAUCGCGCUGAAAGGUGGAACGAAGUUCUCCAUCUUCCUGCGAACCCUGCUGAAAGUAGCAACACCUGCCUCUGUGGAAGAGGCCACCGGAAAACCUUGGCCUAUGCCCGUGCCGUAUCCGGCAGUCUGGUUUCGCGAAGCUGGAGGCCACGAGCUGGAAGAUUUCAGUUUCAAAAGGGCGGUGAACAUGAUGGUUGCAAGUCUCAACUGGUUGUUCCUGCGCCGGCCUCCGGUAGCUCCUGCCUGCAUACGCCUUGGCACUAAGUUGUCAAAAAUGCAGUGGCGAGCUGUUCGUGAACUUGAGCGGCUGAGUUUUUCGUGGAAGUCAAAGACCGUGAGAGCAGUUGACAUGGGUCGUACGGCAUCCAAGAUCGAAGCACUAGAGCAAGCAGUCUUCUUCCUGACUGGUUUGAGCACUGAGUCUGAAAGUUCUGACCUGGUCUUCGAGAGUAGCUCUUCUUCCCACCCUGGACGAGGAUAUGGGAAAGCGCCGGCGUUCCGAGACCUUCGCGCUGGACUUCGGCAUGCCUUUGGAGGAGAUGUAGUUGGCCAGACGAGCGGGUCUGGACAGUUGAUGGCGGCAAAGGCAAUCGUCGCAGAUCGCCUCAAGUUUCGCGGAGCGCCGAGCUUCGACCCUACUCCGUACCUUGAUCGUACAGGAGAGGCCAUCUUCAACCGACCUCUGGAUAUGGCUAUGCCCCCUGGGACCGGCGGUGACCCGCCGAAAGUCAAAGUGCAUGCGAGCCGAGGGGAACGUGACCGACUCCUGCAUCUGCUUGACGCGAGCAACCGGUUAGGCUUUGUGGGCAACAGCGAAGUGCUGCAAGGCUACCAAGCUGGUCUGUUCGCAGUCACCAAGGAUCUGAGCUCAGAUCGGUUGAUAUUCGAUUCACGUCCCUUCAACACUCUUGAAAAUCCGCCUGGACGAUGGAUUGCCAGUACCGCGACUGCAGCCAGCCUUCUCGACAUCCAGCUUCCUGCAGGGCACGUCCUCGUCUCUUCUGGCACCGAUUUAAGGGAUUUUUAUUACUCUUUCGUUUGUAGUGACCAACGUAAGAUUCGUAAUGCCCUUGUAGGACCACUUAGCCUAGCUGAAGCAUCCAAGUUCCGAUCUUUCAGGGCUGCCGACUUCAGGGAAGAAACCCACGUCUACGCCAGCUUGGCUACGCUGGCUAUGGGUGACACAUGUGCUGUCGAAAUCGCACAAACGGCGCAUGUAGCCCUGUUAGUGCAGAGCGGACUGUUGCGCGAGGAGAAUUUGCUUGCGAUGAACCUUUGCUGCCCCCGACAACCUAGCAUGCUGGGCGUAGUCAUCGACGAUCUAGUGGCUCUGGAGAUUGUAGCCAAGCAAACAUUCGAGUCAGGCACCUCUCUUGAAGGCGGACGGACAAUCGAAUCGAUGGUUGAGCGUUACGUCGCAGCCGGGCUGACACCUCACGAGAAAAAGACCUUCAAGGAUCAGCUCCAUGGAGAGUUCUGGGGUGCCAGCGUGGAUGGAGAAGCAGGGCUCGUCAGAGCCAACCUCUGCCGCGCUUUGCCGAUCUUUGCUAUAACAGCUGCUGUGGUGAAGAUGGGAGUCACAAGCUUGGCAUUGUUGGAGAUUCUGGUAGGCUCCUGGACGUCAAUUUUCCUUUUCAGACGGAGACUUUUGAGUUUGUUUUCUGUGGUAUAUGAACCCCUGCAACGCGGUCUUCGACGAAAAGACGUAGUAAAGUUAAGCGAUGAGAUGCGGGAUGAGCUGCAGAUGAUCGUGAGCUUGGGCCCUCUUGCUGCCACAGACCUGCGAAGUGAGAAUUCACCGUUUGUCUAUUGUUCCGAUGCUUCAGAGUGGGGGAUCGGCAUCACGAAAACGAUGCUACCUGCAGGAUUGGAAGCCGAGGUCCAUCGGCAUCGGCUUCGAAAGCCGGUAUGGACCAAGCUCCUUACACCCCUGCGUCGCCUUCAGCGUCUAAAAGGCGUCCUACCCGCAGCUGAAGAGCUGCCUGGAAACCAGCAGCUGCCGGGACAUCCACUUUGGCUUGUUUUGGCGGGAGGGUUAAAGUACACAGAAGUCUAUCGCAAAAAGGUCUGCCGCGACACCCACAUCAACAUCCUGGAGCUCAGAGGGCUAGUCAAAACUGAGGAGAUCGCUGCUCGAGAAGGGUUCCGGCGGAGAGUUUUCUCUCUAGCAGACUCUCAGGUCGCUCUGGGAGCGUGGACGAAAGGACGGGCUGCCUCUCGCAGCCUCAAUGGAGAAUUACAGCAGAGCUUAGCCACGCAUUUGGGCUGCAACAUGCAAAGCAAUGCGGGCUACAUUCCUUCGGAGUUCAACAGUUCAGAUGGACCUAGCCGCAACUCAGAUGUCCCAGCUCCGUUCCUCGACAGGCCUUCUUGGUUCGCUACGUUGCCGGACUUGAGCGACUUCGACACCUGGCUGCGGAGCUACGAGGCGGACCCCUACAGUAUUUCCGGGCUUCCGCCGCUGUCCGAGCUGUGGGCUGAAGCUGGGCCACCACCUAGAAAGCGUUUCCUUAGGAAGGCUCCUAGACCCCGUGUAGCGUUUUCGGUAGAGUGUGAGUCUGAGUCUGGACGAGGACCCAAGGACCCGGAAAGUAUACACAACAGCCAGGGAGGAGGACCCAAGGACCCCGCAGUGUCAAACAGCCAGGGACGAGGACCCAAGAACCCGGAAAGUCAUAUGAACCAGCCAGGGACGAGGACCCAAGAACCCGGCAAGAAGCAAAACAGCCAGGGAGGAGGACCCAAGAACCCCAGCAAGAAGCAAAACAGCCAGGGAGGAGGACCCAAGAACCCCAGCAAGAAGCACAACAGCCAGGGAGGAGGACCCAAGAACCCCAGCAAGAAGCGAAACAGCCAGGGCAGGCCAUGCAUUCACUGGGCCACCGUAGCUUCGACAGCCAUGGCAAUGCUUGCGAACUUCAGUCCAGAACAGUUCGUCUGGAACCCGCAACUGGGCUCACUUCCUGACGUCCUUCAGCAGUAUCCUGGUUUCCUGGACCUGUACUCUGGGAAGCGCGGGAUCCCUUGCGCGAUGGCGCAAAGUGGUCCUUGCUGGGUUCUCUGCUUUGACAACAGGUACGACCCCGCUCAGGACCUGCUGCAACCUGCGCUUCAGGAACAAAUUCUUUUUCUUUUGGAGUCGGGUGUGUUCAGGGGCUUCGGUGCUGGUAUGGUGUGUGGCAGUUUCUCUCGUGCUAUAAGACCGUCAUGGCGGAAUGCGGAGCAUCCAGAAGGAAAGCCUAAUCUGGGAGCCGAAGCGCAGAGGCGGGUUGCAGCUGGAAACCAGCAUUCCCUUUUUCUUGGAAGAAUUCUGGCUGUGGCAACUAGGCUUCGGCUUUGCUACUGGAUAGAAGGUCCGUACGACAGUUUUCUUUGGCGGAUGCCGGACCUCGCCAUCUACCAACCUUCUGAUCCGGCCAAUUGUUUUCGACUAGACUAUUGCAGACUACGGACACCCUGGAGGAAGCGUACCCGUUUCUUUACGAAUCUGCAUCUCGCAGGUUUCAGCUUGUUCUGCAACCGCGACCACCAGCAUAAGGUGCUCACUGGCUAUUCUAAGUCUUCGAGGUGCUGCUGGACUCUGGCAGCUCAAGAGUACCCCAGAAGGCUGUGCUGGUGGGUCGCUCAAGCGAUGCUUAUCGAUUCUCGCUGUGUGCAGCGUCGCCCCUUUUCUGCGGCUAGCCUUGCGCGGCAGAGCCACGGGCGGAUUGGCGAGGCCAAGAAUCCUGGGCCUGCCCGCGGACGAGACUUGAGCUACCGCAGUGGGAUGUCGCUGGACGAAGUGCUUCUAGUCGAACCCGCUACAGCUCAGCUAGGACAGCGAGUCCAUACAGCUUUCUUGGAGUGGGUUUCGGGGCGAUUGUCUGGUGAUGCAGCCCAGGCACUCUUACAGUGUCCAGAGACGCUGGCAGAGUUGGUUCGCCUGUUUGGAGUUCACAUGUUCGACACUUUGCAGUCGCUGUACAUGUUCAAGCAGCUGAUCACAUAUUUGCAACGGGAGCGGCCAAGUUUGCGUGCGCACUUCGGGCGAGCUUGGCAAACUGUCAGUCGCUGGGAGCUUUGCGAGCCGGCGGUUCAUCGCACGCCCCUUCCAUUCGGCAUCUUUCAAGCAAUGAUCGCCUUGAGUUUGGCCUGGAACUGGCGGCGCUGGGCGGCCUGUACCGCCCUGGCGUUUUUCGGCAUGUGCAGGCCUGGUGAGGCCUUGAAGGCGUCCCGUGAGGAUGUUCUUCUUCCUAUAGACCUGCUUGGCGAGUGCAUUGACAGUGUCUUCCUGACCAUUCGCUCGCCGAAAACCCGGCGGCGCGGCGGUGGGCGCGUGCAGCAUGCUAAGGUCCAAGACCCUGACGGUGUUCGGCUGUGCCAAGCUGUUUUUGGUUCUUUGCCGAUGCGCCAGCCGUUGUACCCUGGCAGCCCCGCUUCCUACCGCCGGCGGUGGGAUGCCUUGCUUCGUGUCCUGAAAAUCCCAGCUCGUGUACAUCUGACUCCGGCGUCUUUGAGGGCUGGCGGUGUGGUGCGUGAGUACCGGCGAGCUGUUGACAUCUCCAACCUUCUGUGGCGUAUGCGACUUCGCAGUGUCAGCACGCUGGAGCGCUAUCUGCAAGAGGUGGGUGCCGACAGUGUCUACGUGCAGCUCAGCCCCGAAGCGCGGCAGUCCGUGAGAGCUGCCAGUGCCUUGUACGAGCCUACUUUGCGCAGUCUUUGA